AUGGUUGCAUCCGGUGACAAGAUCACCACAUCAAUCCCUACUGAUUACCAAAACCACACCCUCACGCAAUUAUCCACCACCGCUUUAACCACACCAAUUCUGCCCUCAUGCCCCCAAAUCGCCCCCGAUCUGGUGGCGCGGUGGAUCACAAGCGCCAGUAGUGGCGAUGACGCCGUUCUCGUGCUCACUGCUCUCGCGCGUGAUGUUGCUGUGUGCCCGGGUAUCCAGACCCUCUGCUCUCAUUUCGUCUCAAAGAUGGGCUUCAUGGAGAUGCUCAAGGUGCCCCAGAGUGAGACACAGACAGAGGCCAUUCUGCUCGCCUUCUACCGCCUCGUCUCGUUUGAUAGAGAGACGUACGGCGGUCUGGUGGACAAGGAGGUGGUGAGCGGACUAAUGUCCUUUGACAUGGCCAAGCAGCUGCUGUACAAGGUGUUUGAAAUGACCAAAUGCGACGCAGAGCUCGAGUACAGAGAGAGCGAGCGCGUGCUGGCUCUGGCACGUGACCUGCUGCCUACCACACACAUUCACAUCCCCGUUUCGGAGCUCAACUCUCUCAACACUCCUAUUGGUUCUUCUUUGAUUCCUCGACUUGGAGGACCCUCUCCCGUGGCUUCUGACUACGUGGAGACCGACACGAGUGUUGAAAUCAUGAAUGAGCUGGGCCAGGCGCUCUCCACCAGUGCGCCCAUUCUUCUGAGCGGCCCCUCGGGCUCGGGAAAGACCUUCUAUGUGAACGAGAUUGCCCGCAACCUGUCCAAGCUGGACAACAUGGUGCGAAUCCAUCUCGGCGAUCAGACAGACUCCAAGCUGCUGAUUGGAGCGUACACCACCGGCUCCAAACCGGGGUCUUUCGAGUGGAGAGACGGUGUACUGACUACAGCCAUCAAGGAAGGACGAUGGGUACUUGUGGAGGACAUUGACCGAGCCCCCACCGAUGUGGUUUCGGUUCUAUUGUCUCUACUGGAGAAGCGAGAACUCGUCAUUCCCUCGAGAGACGAGGUGAUCAAGGCCCACGCUGGCUUCCGACUGGUGGGAACCAUGCGAAAGAAGAUCGGGGCUCACACAAACGAGAUUAUCGGCUUGCGACUAUGGCAGCAGGUGGAGCUCCCGGAGCUGCAGCCCGAGGAGAUUGUCACCAUCAUCAAGGAGCGAUACCACGUGAUUUCCGCCAUGGCCGAGUCCUUCCAAGACACGUUUGCGGCCAUUGUCGCUCUGUACGGCUCAUCCAGUUUUGUUUCUCUGACGAAAUCUGCCGUUUCUCGAGUGGUUUCCCUGAACGACCUAAUCAAACUGUGCAACCGAGUGAGUGCCAUGAUCUUGAGACUCGGAUACACGUCUCCAAAUGACCCUCUGCCCAACCACGUGUACGAGUUCAUCUUUCUGGAGGCUCUGGAUUGCUUUGCCGGCUUUCUGAGCAACUCGGACGCCCGAAACAAGGCUGCCCAUGUGAUUGGAGAGUGUCUGGGCAUGUCUGCUCCCAAGGUAGAUGUUCUCCUUGGCCGAGUUCCUGCCUACCAGGAUAGCAGCGACAGCCUGGAGGUGGGACGAAGCCUGCUGACUAAACAAGUCACUGGCCAGAAGAAGAAGAGCAACAGUCUGUUUGCCAACACCAACCACGCGUCCAAGCUGAUGGAGCAGAUUUGCGUGGCCAUUUCUUCCACCGAGCCGCUUCUUUUGGUUGGAGAAACUGGUACCGGUAAGACCACUGUGGUUCAGAACGUGGCUUCUCUGAUGAACAAGAAACUCACCGUUGUCAACGUGUCUCAGCAGACUGAGGCCGGCGAUCUUCUGGGUGGAUUUAAGCCCGUCGACGUGUCUAUGAUUGCGGUUCCGUUGAUGGAUGAGUUCCAGGAGGUGUUUUCGGCCACCUUUUCUGCAAAGAAGAACGUGGAGUUCAUGAAGCUGUUGACCCGGGCCUUUAACAUCCGCCACUGGAAGAACUGCAUUCGGCUGUGGAAGGAGGCGGUCAAGCUGUCUGCUGGACGGCUGAAGGAAUCCGAGAGCGGUAAGCGGCGCAAGCUGACCGACAAGGAAACCGUGUCACUGCAGGCUCAGUGGGACCAGUUCCAGAGCAAUCUCCUGGCGUUCGAGAUCCAGUACAAGCAGAUCCAGUCGUCGUUUGUGUUCCAGUUCAUCGAGGGAUCCAUUGUCCAGGCCGUGCGAAAGGGCGAGUGGGUGUUGCUCGAUGAGAUCAACCUGGCGUCUCCCGACACUCUGGAGGCCAUUUCUGAUCUUCUGUCCGAGCCCCGAACACUUCUCUUGUCCGAAAAGGGAGACGCAGAGACCAUUGUGGCUCAUCCAGACUUCAGAAUGUUUGCAUGCAUGAAUCCGGCUACCGAUGUCGGUAAACGAGACCUGCCUCUGGGUCUCCGGUCGCGGUUCACAGAGCUCUACGUGUCUUCUCCCGACGAGAACUUUGAUGACUUGCUCAAGAUCAUCGACCGGUACAUUGGCCACUUAUGUGUGUCGGACUCCACUAUUGGCAUCCACAACGACGUGGCGGACUUGUACUUAACAGCCAAGAAACUGUCUGCCGAGAACAAGAUUGUGGACGGAGCGGGCCAGAAGCCCCAUUUCUCCAUUCGAACGCUGUCCAGAACACUGGUCUACGUGUCGCAGAUUGCGCAUCUGUUUGGACCCCGAGGGUUGCGUCGGUCGCUGUACGAGGGCUUCUGCAUGUCUUUCCUGACUCUGCUGGAUGCCGACUCCGAGGCUACUCUCCAUGAAGUCAUCAAGAAGUACACUGUCAACAAGCUCAAGGACCAAAAGUCGAUCAUGACACAGAAAACCAAGGCCCCCAGCGACAAACAUGUUGCUUUCGAGCAUUACUGGCUGGAGCCGGGACCGCUGACUCCCUACGACGACGAGAAGUACGUUAUGACGCCGUUUGUGACCAAGAACCUGCUCAAUCUGGUCCGAGCCACGUCCGGAAAGUCCUCUGUGCUUAUCCAGGGUCCCACUUCUGCUGGAAAAACGUCCAUGAUCCGGUACCUUGCUCAGAAAACCGGUCACGAGUUUGUGCGUAUCAACAACCACGAACACACGGACUUGCAGGAAUACCUGGGCACAUACGUGGCUGAUUCCGAGGGCAAGCUCAAGUUCAAGGAGGGAGUUCUGGUGCAGGCUCUGCGACGAGGAGCUUGGAUUGUUCUUGACGAGCUGAAUUUGGCGCCCACCGACGUGCUGGAGGCCCUCAACCGACUUCUGGACGACAACCGGGAGCUUCUCAUUCCCGAGACUCAGGAGGUGGUCCGUCCCCAUCCCCAGUUUCGGCUGUUUGCUACCCAGAACCCUCCCGGACUGUAUGGUGGUCGAAAACAGUUGUCUCGAGCUUUCCGAAACCGUUUCUUGGAGCUUCAUUUCGGCGAUAUUCCCGAGACCGAGCUGGAGCACAUUCUGCAUAAACGAGCGCUCAUUGCUCCGUCCCAGGCUGCCAAGAUUGUCAACGUUUACCGGGAGCUUUCGCUGGUGCGACAGGCUUCGCGAGUCUUUGAACAGAAUGCGUUUGCGACUCUUCGAGACCUGUUCCGAUGGGCUGGCCGAAACUGCGACAACAACGAGGAGCUGGCCAUGAACGGAUUCUUGCUACUUGGUGAACGAGUGCGAAACCCAGAGGAGAGAGAGGUGGUCAAACGGGCCAUCGAAAAGGUCAUGAAGGUGAAACUCGACGAGCGACAGCUGUACGACCACGUGACUGUUCCUGGAGUGGACGCCAAUUCUUCUGUGGUGAUGACCAAUGGUCUGCGACGGCUGGUCUAUCUUGUCCAGGAAGCUAUCAAGCACAAGGAGCCCAUUCUUCUGGUGGGUGAGACUGGAUGUGGUAAGACCACCGUUUGUCAGCUGCUUGCCGAGGCACGUGACAAGGAGCUGCACAUUGUCAACGCUCAUCAGAACAUGGAGACUGGCGACAUUAUUGGUUCUUUCCGACCUGUUCGAAAUCGGUCUGAUCUGGAGAGCCGUUUCAGAGAUGCCUUGUUGGAGGCUCUGGGAGACGAAGACACCGCGGGUCUUUCUAACUCCGAACUUGACGUCAAGUAUCUCAGUUUACUCAAGAAGGAUCCCGAAUCUUUCCCCGAGGAGAUCAAGCAGGCUGUCGUCACUUCGCGGGCGGCCCAAAAGACGCUCUUCACGUGGUCGGACGGUUCUCUUAUUCAGGCUCUCAAGCAGGGCGACUUCUUCCUUCUCGAUGAGAUUUCUCUGGCCGACGACUCGGUUCUGGAACGUCUCAACUCAGUCCUUGAGCCUGAGCGAACCCUACUGCUUGCUGAAAAGGGCUCCGACGCGUCUGAGGCGUCCGUCACUGCGCUCCCCGAUUUCCAAUUCUUCGCUACCAUGAACCCUGGUGGAGACUACGGUAAGAAGGAGCUGUCUCUGGCUCUGCGAAACCGAUUCACAGAGAUCUGGGUACCCUCUAUGGAGGACUUUUCCGACGUGGAGACGAUUGUCGGCUCGAGACUCGGCGACGACAAAAAGUAUCUGUCCAAGGUGGUCACCGAGUUCUCCAAGUGGUUUGCCAUCAAAUACAGCGGCUCCACAACCUCGGGAAUCAUCUCUCUGCGAAACCUGCUUGCUUGGACCGAGUUCAUCAACAAGUUUGAAGGUUCCCAUGAAGUGGCUCUGCUGCAUGGAGCUCUUAUGGUCUUCGUCGAUGCUCUUGGUACUGGUCAGACUUCGUAUUUGACCAAUUUGGAGGCCGAGAAGAGAGAGUGUAUUGGAAAGCUGCAGUCGUUGAUCUCUAUAAAAAAGAAGCCUCAACUCCUGGCCAUCUACGACCAGGUUCCUGAGAUUGAGGACACUUGUGACGAGUUGAAGAUUGGCCAUUUUGGCGUGGAGAAGGAGUCUGACGGCUCCUCCACCGCUGUUGAGAAGGCAACGUUCAACUUGAGUGCCCCUACUACUCGGCUGAACGCAAUGAGAGUCCUUCGUUCUCUACAAGUCCCCAAGCCCAUCCUUCUGGAGGGCUCGCCUGGUGUUGGAAAGACCUCUCUCAUCACGUCCAUCGCUCAGUUACUUGGAAAGCCGCUCACUCGAAUCAAUUUGUCUGAACAGACCGAUUUGAUCGAUCUGUUCGGCUCUGACGCGCCUGCGGAGGACUCCGAAGCCGGCACCUUUGUCUGGAGAGACGCCCCGUUCCUGCGAGCCAUGCAGGCCGGAGAAUGGGUGCUGCUGGACGAAAUGAAUCUGGCAUCCCAGUCGGUUUUGGAAGGUCUCAACGCCUGUCUAGAUCACCGAGGACAGACUUACAUUCCCGAGCUGGACAAGUUCUUCACCUGUGCUCCGGGAUUCACCGUGUUCGCGGCUCAGAACCCCCAGCACCAGGGCGGAGGACGAAAGGGUCUGCCAAAGUCGUUCCUCAACCGAUUCACCGUCGUCUAUGUGGACGCGCUGGACAAAGAAGACUUGUUCCAGAUUGCCCAAUACCUCUACCCCAAGGUAAACGACUCGGAACGCAUGAUCCAGUUCAUUAGUCAGCUGGACAAGGACGUGCAGUCGGGUAAAUUCGGAGCCAAGGGAGCACCCUGGGAAUUCAACAUGAGAGACACGAUGCGGUGGAUGUCUCUUGUGUCACGUGACCAAAACGCCAACCCUGGCGCGUUUCUGAAUCUCAUUGCUGGAGAUCGAUUCAGAACCGUGACUGACAGACAGCAGCUGGAGGAGCUGUACAAGACCGUGUUUGAUGGCCGAGACUCGCAGGCACGUGACUACUGCGUGACUGUGCAGUCUUCGUCUGAAAUCCGUUGCGGACGUGCCUCUCUCGCCCGUGACCAACUCAUUCAGCCGUCGUACUCCUCUUCUCCGCUGUCCUUCUUGCACUGCAACUCGUCCCCCUCAGAGACUCUGAUUCGGGCCAUCAACCAUUCGUGGCCCGUGAUUCUGGCGGGACCUUCUUGUUCCGGAAAGACCUCGUUGAUCCGGCUCAUGGCCUGUGUUGCCGGAGCUACUCUUGAUGAGAUUGCUCUCAACGCCGACGUGGACUCUGUCGACUUGGUGGGAGGCUACGAGCAGGUGGACAACCGGCAGAAGCGCGAACAGAUUGACAAGAAGAUAGGUCACGUGUUUGCCGAGUGGGCCCGACGGGAGCUGUCGCGUGACAACGAGGAGGGCCUGACCAAGGCUCUGGCCCAAAAGGCCGAUACUUCCAUGGACCAGGAUCUCCAGACUCAGAUUAGUCAUCUUUAUGACGAGCUUGACGCCCUGAGCAAGUCCAAGAGCGCCUCUGACGCCGUGUCGUUCCAGUGGAUCGAUGGUAUUCUUGUCAAUGCUGUGGCUCGGGGUCAUUGGCUGGUGCUGGACAACGCAAACCUGUGUUCAGCCUCAGUUCUGGACCGACUCAACUCGCUGCUGGAGCCCAAUGGAACCCUUAUUCUCAACGAGAGCGCGCUAGAAGACGGUUCCCCUCGAGUCAUCACUCCUCACAAGAACUUCCGAAUCUUCCUGACCGUGAACCCCAAGUAUGGAGAACUGUCUCGAGCGAUGCGAAACCGAGCGGUGGAAAUCUUUGUCGACGAGCUGGACGUGAGAAUGUCCGAAUUCGACCGCGUGCGAAUCGCAGAGACGGCCGAUGGAGCCCCCGUGCAGCAGUCCCAUGUCCUGACAUGGAGACAGGCCGUGAGCGGCGUGGUUGGCAACAACGUGACCGAACCCGAAGAUUACGUGGUCGCCGCGACGGCUCUCAAGUACCUGUCGUGGCCACUGGCCUUGUCUGACUUUGCCGGGUUGGUUUCGUCGUCGGAUGCGCCCGCUAAGGCCAAGCAAGUCGCCAGUCACGUGAUGAGCCUCUGCGCUGAAAUCGGAGUCGAUCGAUUCGUGUCUCUACUCAAGCAGACGCCCGACUACGAUCACGUGACCCCCGUGGACGCCUUCCUGGACCCUUGUUUGGAUCCUGAUCUUGUCAAGCUUGGUGAGUUGUCGCCCAUUUUGGCUCUCAUGGUCCGGUUUUCGAACACAACCAACAAGCUGUCUACUGCCUCUUCCAACGGCGAAAACAACAAGGCCAGCUCGCUGACCUAUCUUGAAAAGUCCGCGGCUGCUGUUGCUGGACGGCGUAUGAAGGACGCUGCUGCUCCUGGUCUGUACCAGUUGCUUGUUGGAGCGGUGGAAGUUGUCGAGAAGGUGCUGGAGGGUGUUUUGGCAGGAGCCAACGUUGAGGAUGGCGUUUUCACCCACCUUUUGUCUCUCCUCACUCUCACCGACCAAAUCUACAUCAACACCAGUGUGCAGUCUCCCGUGGAGUCGCAGUUCCACGUGUAUGCCGACUGGUUUGAGGAGUGGAUUCGGGAGUCGCGUGGAAUCGAACUGACGCCCCUCACAAGGGCCCUGGCUCUGUUUGAUUCGCAAAUCUCUCUUUCUCGAGGACUGGUCAUGCGGCACAUUUGGGAAAUUCUAUGUCCUUCUGUUCCCUCCACUCUGCCUGGAUGGUUGAAGUUCGAGAAGGUGGCUGCUCUGUGCGAGCGGUUCGACCGCAUUUGUGCUCAGAUGCCUGUGUCCUCGCUGGAGACGGUUCUCACGGUCAAGUCUCAGUUUGCGGGCUUCUUGGCUGCCGUUGGAGACGACGAUAUCACCGAAGAGUUCUUCGACACUCUGGUGAAGACUGUGGACUCCAUGGAUGCGACUGAGGUAAAGGCUGAGGGAGAAGACGAGGUGGAGCAGGUUACCAAGACCCGGAACCAUGCCUACAUUGCUCUUUUCUCCGAUCUGGCGACCGCUUUCGAGCUGUCCGGCAUUUCCCACGCCAACAUUUCGUUCUACGCCUGUCUCCCCACCCAGGAAGAGUCUCUGCUCGAAAAACUCACCAAGCACGGCAAUGGCUACGAGCUCACUUCUCCUGACCAUCUUGCUGGAGAGUACAUUUCUGCCGCCCAGAGCUUUGGAAACACCAAGAACGGCGCGGUGGAGCAGUCUAGAACGGACUACGCCUACGUCGGCAAGCUCCUGGCAGCAGACAACACUGCCAUUCUGGCUGAAAAGCUGCCGAACUUUGUUUCUGUGCUCACUGCAACUCUCAGCGACUUAGAGGAGGUAGGUAACGCCGUAUCUGGAGUUGCCGAGGGUGCUCUGGAACAGUGUAUGAGUGGGAUGAAGCACGUGCCGGCCUUGCUAUCCGAGAGAACCGUCUCCUCUGUCGGAACUGCCUACAUUGCCGUCUUCAAGGCCGCUCUGGACAUGUACGUGCCCAACCUGCCUUAUGAUCCUGCUAUCAAGGAGUACGUGGACUACGAUAUGCAAACCCGAGUCGAUAACCUGCACCGAGCCAGCCACAAUGUCGACCAGAAGAUGAAGCAGAUCUUCUUUGGCACCGAUGUCGAAGAAUAUUCCUCCGAAACAGCCUUGUUCAAGCCCCGGGUCUACAGAGACUCGUCCACCUCGAUCGACCUCAUGAUCAGAGAGUGGAACCAGUUCAUGGUGGUGCUGGACCAGACGGUGGAAAAGGUGAGCCAUGCGACGGCAGAGUCACGUGACACCUUGCUCCAGGAGCUGGAUCUGUUCCAGAAGAACACCCAGCAGUUUCUGGUUCGUCUCAAGGCGUCUUAUCCCCGGUACACCGACCUAUGCUCCAUUCUGGACCGCUUUGUUUCCGGUUUCAGACUCGGAGUGUACAUGAUGCAGAGUGCUCUGGACUCGGACCCUGUUGCCGAGUGGACUACCGAUGCUCUGACUCUCUCUUCCUCCGUGGCUCUCUCCUCCACCCUCGACAAUCUCGUCAAGUACUGCAAGGACAAGUCUGUGGAGGAUUUGAGCGUGGAGAAGACGCUGUCGUUUGUCAUGGACGUGGUCUCCAAGCAGGGCAACAGCGACACCGCCCUUGUGGCCUACUGUUGUACCACAGUCUUUGCUAGAUGGACUCUCAGACGGCUGCGAAUGGAGGAACAGGCGGCCAUUGAAUCGUCUGGUUUCUCGACCAACCUGGACGAAACAGCCGAGGAGGAGUUUGCCAAGCUGUUCCCCGACUACGAGAUCAAGCUCGACGACGCCGGCAACGUGAUCAAACCCAAGGUGACUAAGCAGGACGUGGAUUAUUCGCACUGGCUCAAGUCGUACGAGCGGGUGUUUGGCGGCGUCGAGGAGCCCAUGUCCCAUGUUAUUCUCAAGGGUGCCGCCCUCGCUACGCACGGUAAGGUCGGUCACGUGAUGCCUUCGCUGCUGCAGGCGCACGUGACUGUUCUGGAGACGGACUGCAUCGAUGUUGCAGAGGCUUCCCCCAGUUUCGACUUUUACCGACAACAUUCGGCUGCGGAGACGCAAAAGUGCGUCAAUGUCGCCACCAAACUGCUCAAGUUCGUCAACGGCCUGCUGGCCAAGUGGCCCGAGCAUGACACUCUCCAGCAGAUUGCUUUCCAAUGCAACGAACUGCUGUCGUUCUCGGUGGUGACUCCCGUGGCCCGGCUAUUGGCCAAGGUUGAGCAGAUCUACACGUUUUUGCACGAGUGGGAGAAGCUGGCGUCACGUGACGUGUCUGUGCGCGAGUACAUUGACAUUUUCACCACUCUGAUUGUCUCUUGGCGACGUUUGGAGCUUGCCAUGUGGCCCAAGCUGUUUGACUUUGAGGAGGAGGCUCAGAAGGACGGACUUGGACAGUGGUGGUUCAAUGUCUACGAGGCCGUGGUUGUUGUGUGCAGAGACAACUCUGAGUUAUCACGUGACGAUAUCACUCAGCUGGUCCAGACUCUGAAUCUGUUCCUGUCUCAGUCCACCAUUGGGCAGUACAGUUUCCGACUGGAGCUUCUGGACGCUGUUCUGAAGCACAUUGGCUCCAUGGAGCCCUCCACGUCUGUCAACCAGGUAACGGUCGCUCUCAAGGCCUUCCUGGUGUACUACAAGAUGUUUGUUCCGUCCAUUACUGCCCAUGUUGCUGCCCGAAAGAAGAGUCUGCAGAAGGACAUCCAAGAGGUGAUUUUGCUGGCCUCCUGGAAGGACACCAACGUGCAUGCUCUCAAGGAGAGUGCCCGAAAGUCGCACAGAAAGCUGUUCAAGGUGGUCAAGAAGUACCGAACUCUUCUUUGCGAGCCUGUCAAGUCUGUUCUUGAGGGCGGUAUGCAGGAUGACGGUGUGACCAGCUCUGUUGUGGCUGUUUCUGCUCCUUCUGUAGCGGACUUGUCUCAUCUUCUGGGUCUGUACACGCCUACAUUUGUCCCUGACGUUCAGAAGACUCUGUCUAUUCUGUCCAAGCGAAUCUCCAACCUGGACCAGAUUGAGUCUGUGAGUCUCAUGGACAUUGUGUCUGACAUUCUGGACGAAUCCGCUCGACUCAAGAAGGCCACACCCAAUCACGUGACCGAGGACAACAAGAAAGAGAUUGGUGCGUUGCGGGUGGAGAAGCAGCGUUUCCUGUCUGAAACUCUCAAGGAGCUUCGAGCCCAUGGCUUCAAGGGCCGAAUCACACAGGAGACCCUGGAGUCUCAGGCGUCGCUUUCUUCGGUGCUUGGAAACCUUGUGGUGAGCUCCAAGCGUGACCAGUCGUACUUUAUGCGACUGAUUGACUCCUUUUCCAAGCUCCGGUCCGCCUGUGCCAACCCCUCGGGAGAUGUGCCUCUGCAGGACAUUUUUGUGGGAGCUGCCAUGGCCGAGAACAUUUUGCGAAUGUGCAUUAAGGAGAACAAUGUGAUUGGCGAAGUGGAAAACAAUGCCAAGGACAUGUCUGACGUUGGCAAGCAGCUGAAGACAGUUUCUUCGGACGUUUCUCUGUCGUUUGUUGACGGUGACUCGGUGGUGAGAUUCCUGACCAAUCUCAAGUCGGUCAUCAAUGUCAUCAUCGACUCUGCUAGCAACAUGCUCCGUCUCGACUCCAAGCUCGGCUCUGGAGUUGCUCAGAUCACCACUCUGUGCAAUGACUUUGAGGCCAAGUUUGUGACUCUACUGCACUCUUUCAACGCCGUCAAGCACUUGAUGGACUGGAAGAAGCCCACCAGCGAGACUACGAAGCUGGUCGAGGAGAUGCAUAACACUGUGCAGGUGUUCCAGAGCAAGUUGGAGAAGGUGACUGGCGUGAACGGCUGUUUCCAAUUUGCCUCCACGCUGGUCAGGUCGUUUGUCAACCUUGAGUAUGUGACUGGAGACCAACUCACUGCCGAUGACUCGGAAUCCUUUGCUGCCGUCGACCGACUGUGCAAAACCAUUCUGGUCUCUGUCCAGGGAGUCAUCAAGCGGGUUGCUGAAGAUGUGGGCGAAGAUGACGAGUCUGAAGUCAUUUCGUUCGCGCGUGACUACCAGCUGCUUAUGAAUCUGGCCCAGUUGCUGCAUUCUGACCGAAUUCUCUCUCAGACGCGUGACACGAUUGCCUCUGUGUCCCACACGGCGGCUGGAUCCGCUGCUCUCGGCGUGCUGCGAGCGUAUAUUCAGCAGUACGUGUACAUGUGCGAGCUUGUGUGUUCCAAGGCCUCUGCUCAGUUUGCCGAUCUGACCAAGGGAGGCUUUUUGCUGUGCAAGGCUCUGUACAACCUGGCCACCAACGGCUUCUGCUCUCCCGAAGAGGAGCAGGAUCAGGAGCAGGACAGCAACGCUACGGCUUCUGGCACUGGUCUUGGAGACGGUUCUGGCGCCCAGGAUCAUUCCGGCGAUGUGGGUGAAGACGAGAACCUGGAUGAUUACAUGGAGCAGGAGAACGAGGACCAGGAGGACAAGGAUGACGAUGAGGACGACGAUGCCGUGUCUGUUGAGGGUGACAUGGCUGGCAAGAGUGAGAAUGCCAAGGAUGAGGAAGAGGGAGAGGACAAGGAUGGCGAGGAGGAGGAGGAGGAGGAGGAGAUUGACGAUGAGACCGGCAACUUGGACGAUUUAGAUCCGAACGCCAUGGACGAUAAGAUGUGGAACGACGACGAGGAGGUUCAAGAUGAGAAGGAGAAGGAUGGAGACGUGGAUGGUGACGAUAAGGAUGAUGGAGGAGAAGAGGGCAAGCAAGAUGACGGAAAGCAGCAAGGCGAAGAGGGAGAGGCUGAGACCAAGGAGGGUGAGGGUGAAGAUGAGGGAGAGCAGGAGGAGAAUGAAGGCGAUGGAGAUGAGGGAGAGCAGGAGAAGGAGGAGGACGACUCUGAUGGUGAGUCUGUGGAUGCGCAGGAGGACGACGUCCGAAACAAGCAAGAAGGCGACGAAUUGGACCCUCAUCUGGACGAGUCGGAAGUGCUUGAGUUGCCCGAGGACAUGAAUCUGGACGGCAUGGAUGAAGACAAGGAGGAGGGAGAAGAUGAGUUUGACGAUGGUCUUGACAAGGACAUGUCUGAUGAGGAGGGUGAUGGUGACGAGGACGUUGAGAUGGAGGAUGAAGACCUGAAUGCUGGUGAGGAGGAGCCCGAGGAAGGCGCCGACGAGGAGGAAGUUGAUGAAGGCGCUGGAGAGGUCAAUGAGGACGUGGAGGACGCCGACGAGAAGAAUCCCGAGGAGAUGGACAAUGUCAAGGAGGACGCCAUGGAGGAGGAGAAGAUGGAUGUGGACCAGGAUGACAACGAGACUGGUAAACAAAACGAGGAUGCUCCUGAGCUUGAGAUGGAGGGUCUCCAUGGCCAAGAUGACGCUGGAGACCAGGAGGAGAACGACGAGAGUGCUGUGAAGCAAGAGACUGGCGAGAAGGGGUCCGGUCAGGAUGCCGACUCCAAGGAGGAGGAGGAGGAUGUUGGAGGGGGUGGAGAGGCUGGAGCCAAGGAGGAGGACCAGGACGAGGACCAGGACGAGGACCAGGACGACAAGACCAAAGAAGGCCAGGAGGACGACGCUGAAGACAGCCGAGUUGACCAAAUGAAGCAACUUGGCGACGCGCUCAAGGAGUUUCACAAGAAGAAGGAGGAGAUCAAAAACUCUAACAACGACUCCGCCCAGGAUGAUGUGGAUUCGGCCAACGUGGAUCCUCAGGAGUUUGAGCAUGUCGACGGCCCCGACUCCAAGCACGACACGCAGGCCAUGGGUGCUGCUGACCGAGACGUCAAGCAGGACAUUGACGACGACAUGGCCAUGGAAGAUGAGCAGGAGGAGGUCAAGCCUGAGAGAAGAAAUGAGGUGAAACAGGAGGAGGGAGAGGAGCCUGAGGAGGACGCUGAGGAGGCUGAUGAGGAUGGAGGUGCGCCCGAGGGAGCUGCUAGCAAGACAGCAGUUGAAGGCGAGGCUGAAUCCGACGAUGAGGAGGCCGAGAGCAAGGUUCAGGGCGAGAUGAUGGAGGUUGACUCUGAUGAGGAGGAGCUGGAGGAAGUGGAGGAGGAUAUUGAGGACCUGUCGAUUGACGAGAGUGCCAUGUCUCUCUCUGAGUCUCGUGACAAGUGGAAGACGUACCAGUCGUCCGUUGCGGACUUGGCCACCACUCUCUGUGAGCAGCUGCGUCUGAUUCUUGAGCCUACUCUCGCUACCAAGAUGCGGGGUGAUUUCAAGACCGGAAAGCGGCUCAACAUGAAGCGGAUCAUCCCGUACAUUGCUUCGUCGUUCAAGAAGGACAAGAUUUGGAUGCGUCGAACCAAGCCCUCCAAGCGUCAGUACCAGAUUAUGAUUUCGGUCGACGACUCCAAGUCCAUGAACGAGUCGCCCCAGUGUGUGGAGCUGGCUUUCCAGUCGAUUGCACUCAUCUCCAAGGCGCUGACCCAGCUCGAGUCGGGCCAGUUGGCGGUGAUGAAGUUUGGCCAGGACGCCCAGCUCGUGCAUCCGUUUGAAAAGACCUUUUCCGACGAGUCUGGCGGCGAGCUGGUGAGCAAGUUUUCCUUUGCCCAGGACCAGACCAACGUGCAGAAACUGGUGCAGAAUUCGAUCGAUAUCUUCCAGCAGCAGAAGCUGGGAGGUGCCGAGCUGUGGCAGCUGCAGAUUAUCAUUUCCGAUGGUAUCUGCGAGAACCACGAGGUGCUGCGGCAGCUGGUGCGCCACGCCCGAGAACUCAAGAUCAUGCUUGUGUUUGUGGUGAUUGACGCGCUGGCGGCAGCCUCGGGAUCUUCGUCCAUCACUGACAUCAAACAGGCCAAGUACAUUUCUCAAGAUGACGGCCAAAUGGUGCUCAAGAUGGAGAAGUACCUCGACACGUUCCCUUUCGAGUUCUACGUCAUUGUCAGAGACAUUAAGGAGUUGCCUUCAGUGCUGUCUUCUGUUCUCAGACAGUUUUACUCGGAGGUUGCGGAGAUGAGUUAA